AUGGGGAAGUCCAGGAAACUAAAGAACCUAGUCAAGAACGUGCAGUUUUUCGUCAAAAAAUGUAGAGAGAAAAACAAGAAACUGCUCUCCCUGAGCAGUCUGGACGAAAAAGACGAAACGCUCAACUCGGGAAUAUUCACAGAUGAAAAGACAAACGGUAGUAAAAGCUUCAAAGAAAAUUCUGCUGAAAAUAUUUCCAAAGCGUCAAGCGAAUCCAAGUACGACCCAACACACGCAGAUUUCGCCAGUGCGUAUGGCAACCCGUUGAGAAGAUCACACACACAGGGGAAUCUGCAUACCUUGUCCGAUUAUUUCGACAGGAGAAGUGGUAAGAAAAUCGUCAAGUUGGGGAAAGAUGGAGGGAAGAGAGAGACGAUCGGGGGGAGCAUGGACGAAGCGGCGUCAUUGAAUGAGGAAGAAGUGAGAACGGAAAAGAGUGACUCUAGCAGCGUAGAAAUUAAGAGGAAAAAACAGCCCAAGGACAGCAGGAUGGAGGAAAUGAAAAACGAAAUCAUGGAGUACGACUUGCACCUCCUCAGUUUGUACAAAAAGUUGGAAAAGGGGUCGAGAAGUGGGCCAAAGAGGAGCGGCGGGAAGGGUAGCGGUAAGGCCAGCGGUAAGGGCGGCGGAAAGGGAAGCGCCACACUGAACGGGAAGGCCCACACGAUAAAGACGUACAACUCGGAGGUUAUGAGCAUAAAGAAGGAGAUUUCCCUGCGGAGUGGCACUUCCAAGGGGAAAACGAGGAAAGGCGCCAGGGGGAAGGAUGAAGCAAAAGACAAAGGUGGCAUCGGAGGGGGCAAGCGGAAGGGGGAAUCCCCCAAAGAACACACAAGCAGAGGAGUGAAAAAGAAAGCACACGAAGAACGCAUCGAAAUUAAGCACAGCUUCUCAGGAGAUACCCCCCGAUUUGAUUCCAAAAGUUCUUUCCUAACACGAGAGGAGACUUUCCCCAAAUAUUAUCAGAUAGGUUCUUCCAAAAAAACAUUUGACAAUUUUUAUUUUUUUCAAGAGGGACUAGCCAACAGGUUGAACAAGAAGCAGAACACGUCCUCCUUCGAUAUUGGCUGUAUGUACAUGAGUCAUGCCAUAAGCACAAAAAGCUCCAAAGAUUUGGGGCCAAAGGAAGAAGCUACCACCACGGCUGUCGCUACUAGGACCGCCGCUGCCACGACAGCAGCUGCUACGAUUGCUACGGCUGGUGCUGCCUUUAUAAGCAGCUCCAAAAGUCUCCGCCGCUUCAAGUUUUUAAGUGACAACAAAAAGAACAUCGAGUAUUACAAGCAAAUGAUAGAGAGCUUAGAGGGGACGGUGGGGAAGUCGAAGAAGAGGAGCAACAACAGCAGCAGCACUGGCAGCGCCCGUGGAGGUAAUCGCGGCGGCACCCACGGCGGCAGCUCCAUAGACAGCAUCAUUAAAAUUAUAAACUGCCUCCUCCACGAUUACGUCCCCAAGCUGAUCGACAGGUAUGAGUACUACCUGAACACCCUAGAUGAUAGGAACAAAUUGCUCAAGCAGAAAAUUAGGGAGUCCCUAGAUUUCGGGGAUCUUCAGUACGAAGAAAUCAGGGAGCUAAAAUCUCAGGUGAUGCAAAAAAACCAGGAAAAUAAAAAACUAAAUGAUACUAUAGAAAUGUUGAAGGACAAACUGUCCUACGUUAACGAGCUUGAGCUAAAAAAUGCAGAGUAUCUGGACGAAAUUAUGCUCAUGAGAAAUAGGGUCACCUAUUUGGAGAGACUCAUUGAAGAAAAUGAUCAGUCUAAGGAGUCACAUGAGCUGAGGAAGAUGAGGCACAACUUGAGGAGGCUAUACAACAGAAUGAAGACCGAGAUGAGGUACAUGAAGACGUUAAAGUCGAGAUCUUUUAAGCGGCACAGGAGGGGCAAAUUUUCCAUUCGGAGGUGGAUGCGCUUGGAGGAGAAGAUGAGCGAGCAGCAGGCGCGCGCGUUUAGCCUUGACCGACAGGGCGAUUCCACGUUGGAGGUAGGCGAUAAGGGGGAGAGACGGGUCACUUUGGAGGUGGCCGAUGCGGGGGGGACACAGACAAACGAACCGAAGCAGUACGCAGACAAAGGCGUAGACACGAGUGACAUGUAUUGGGCGGCGAAUCCACUCGACGUCGUAAGCAGCGAGGCGCAGUGCGCGCCAACUGGAGAGGGGGAAAAGGUUAAGAAGGGCAAAGUCCGCACGAAGGACAAAAAAAUCAACACCAUUGUAAGCAACCGCACGUUUCUGGAGCUGCUGAGGAGGGAGGAGCGGAUGGCGGUGGGGGGAAGCGGCGCUCUUGGGAGGGGUAACAUAGUGAGCCGAGGUGGUCGAAUGGGUAGAAGUGACCAGGGCGAUCGGAGCGAUCGGAGCAAUCUCAAUGGUCGCAAUGGUCGGAGUGGCCUACGCUUCGGAAGCGAGAGGUGCACGCGCAUCCCCAAGGAGAGCUACCCCUACUACCACUACUUCUACAGCAAUAUGCUGGCCACGCCGGAGGGAAGACCCCUUGUCGGUGGAAGCCGCAUCUGGCCACCAACCCAAGGGGAAAAAGAACCCAGUGGUAUCUUCCCCCCCAGGGUGACUCUCUCGGAGGAAAAUUAUUUAUCCCUGUGCAGUCAACUUAAGGCGUGCAUCUACCAGACCUAUUUCGAGGAGUGCGCCGCGGAGCCGCGCGACGGAGGGCAGCCUUGGGAGAGAACACCCCACCGGUGCGAAGCGCCGCCUGACCAGGGGAAGCAACACGGGGAGAACGAGGCAUAUCAGCAGGGGGGAAAUAGGGGCACGGAAAAUGAAGAAAAUAGGGGCGCGCAAAAUGGCCAAAAUGGGGGCGCUCAAAAUGACCAGCCUCGGGGUGGCAGCCAAAUGGUGAGGCCCCCCCAGGGGAAGAGCCCCUUCUGGAAGGAGACCCCACCAAGCGAUGACGCCUCCACCCACCUGAUCAGCAGAGGGAAGAACAAAUGUUACAAGCUACCAUUCGACUGUUGCAGCAAUUUUAAUAGAAUGUUAACUGGUGAAAUGAACUGUUCGUCUCUCCUCUGGGGGUGUAGCAAUGCGGCGGGUAGCCAAGACAGCAGCGUGUCAAACAGGAAGCGAGCUGGUCGAAAGAGGUCAACCACAUCGAGCAGCUCCUCCUGGGAGAGAAAAGACAAGCUUAAGAUGACACGUGUAGUUAGGAAGAAUCACCCAUUUUUACGAAGUGAUACGAUUCGAUCUAAAUGCAAGCAUAGGUAUUAUUAUUACAACCGGGUUGGUAGAGCAGCGAAUGGAGAGGGCCCAGAAGGGGAAGCAAACCAAAUGGCUAGCUGCACCAGUGGGAAAGACCACCACCGAGGGGAGCAGCAGAAUGGACGCACAUGUUUGGAAGUGCCCAAGGGGGGCGAUGCAUACGAGUUGCACACUCCGCAGAAAUGGAACAAGGAGAGCGAUGCAUACGAGCUGCACACUCCGCAGAAAUGGAACAAGGGGGUCGACUUGGGGGGGAAGACCCUCAUGGACAGUGAACCCUAUGGAAGAAGCACAUACGAUAAAGAGCGGGUGGAAAAUUUUAAAAAAUUCCUGACCAUUUAUAAUUCACAUUUUGAGGGAGACAAGAAGGGAAGCUUCAUUGGCAGCUUUAAAAGGGAACAGAGCGGCCCAUCAUCUGAGAGGGCCAUGUGGGACCAAGCUGUGCAGGCACAGGUGGGUGGGGAGGAAGAAGGGCGCGCCUACCACGGUGACUACCAAAUUAGCAGCCACUACAACUGCUGUCGUGUGGAUCCGCCUUACAGCUUACCCCACGUCCCCCCUCGCCUUUUACCCCCCAAUGGAGCUCCACCUACGGGGAAUGAAACAGUGAGGUACCAAAAUUCACUUAAUCAAUUUUUCGAUAUAAACACGAAAGAUUUUGAAGCCAUCAACAGGUAUCUACACGGCCACGUGGUGUACACGCACGCGGGGGGAGGGACAUACGAAUGA